CGCCAGCGUUAAGCCGACGCGGGACUGCGAGAACGCCACUAGGGUUAGCUAUAAAUACAUUCCAGACUCUCGAGCUUCAUUUUUUCAGUUCUUGUAAUUCUGCGAAGUGCAAACCAGAGCGGAAAAACUGUGAAAGAGAAUCACGAAACACUAACGGCUGAAAUCCGUAGAAAUCUCACUUGAAGCUGCUUACCUAAUCUCUUAUCAUAUCGAGAAUGCCUCCAAAGGCUGCUAAGAAGGAUGCUCCAGCUGAGCGACCGAUCCUGGGACGGUUUUCUUCUCACCUGAAGAUUGGAAUCGUUGGACUGCCAAAUGUCGGAAAAUCCACUCUUUUUAACACACUUACAAAGUUGUCAAUACCAGCGGAAAAUUUUCCUUUCUGUACAAUCGAACCUAAUGAGGCCAGGGUCAAUAUUCCAGAUGAACGAUUUGAAUGGCUUUGUCAAUUGUACAAGCCCAAGAGUGAGGUAUCUGCUUUCUUGGAAAUCCAUGAUAUAGCUGGACUAGUUCGAGGUGCUCAUGAAGGACAAGGAUUGGGAAACAGCUUCUUAUCCCAUAUUCGUGCAGUUGAUGGAAUUUUCCAUGUUUUAAGAGCUUUUGAAGAUCCAGAUAUUAUUCAUGUUGAUGACACUGUGGAUCCUGUGAGGGAUUUGGAGAUUAUCGGUGAAGAACUACGGUUGAAGGAUAUGGAAUUCAUGGAGAGGAAAGUGGAAGAUCUUGAAAAAGCCAUGAAAAGGAGCAAUGACAAACAGUUGAAGAUUGAACAUGAGUGCUGUGAUAAGGUGAAAGCGUGGCUUCAGGAGGGGAAAGAUGUUCGCUUAGGUGACUGGAAAGCUGCUGAAGUUGAGAUCUUGAACACUUUUCAAUUGCUCACUGCCAAACCUGUUGUCUACUUGGUUAACAUGAAUGAGAAAGAUUAUCAGAGAAAGAAGAAUAAGUUCUUGCCCAAGAUCCAUGCCUGGGUACAAGAGCAUGGGGGUGAGACAAUUAUCCCUUUCAGCUGUGUUUUGGAGAGCAAGCUUACAGAUAUGCCAGAGGAUGAAGUUAAAAAGUAUUGUGAGGAGAACAAGCUACAAAGUGCCCUUCCGAAAAUCAUAAAGACUGGUUUUUCAGCUAUAAAUCUCAUCUACUUUUUCACAGCGGGACCCGAUGAGGUUAAAUGCUGGCAAAUUAGGCGCCUAACGAAAGCUCCUCAAGCUGCAGGCGCUAUCCACACCGAUUUUGAGAAGGGCUUCAUUUGUGCUGAGGUCAUGAAAUUUGAUGAUCUAAAGGAACUGGGUAGUGAAACAGCUGUUAAGGCUGGAGGGAAGUAUAGACAGGAAGGGAAGACAUACGUGGUCCAAGAUGGAGAUAUAAUAUUUUUCAAAUUCAAUGUUUCAGGGGGUGGAAAGAAGUGAGCCUCACCCCCUCCAUAGAAAGCUUUCCUCGUAUUAUUUGGCAUUUGACUGUGUGGGGGAAUAGAUCAAUCACGGUGCAGGAAGUUAUAGAUGCAUAGUUGUCAUGACGUCUAAACAACACAAGGCGUUGGAGGGGGCCUGGGCACAAAGUGACACCAGCAAGGCGAC